GAACCAGUCAGGUGAUGAAGCAGUUGCUACUUCGGACGUCAUGUGAUUUGAAGCAAGCUUUGAAGCAGUGGUUCUAUUGGAUUGUAGUUCAGCGUUUAAAGCAGGUAACGAAAGUUCCGUGUGGCACUGUCAUCACAAGACCACACAAGAUGACUUCGAGGCGGGCAAAGAACAGAGGAACCGGCUCGGCAAACGAGAAGGAGAGUCGGGCGAUGAGACACAACAAACUAUCUCUCUUUAUCGAGCAGUUUGAGAAAGAAGCACAAGAUCGUAUGGAUGGGUUGGAAGCCAGACUGGAGCACAUGUUGGCCUCAGUGGACAAAGUCUUCGAAGUGGAGCUAUUGAAGAUUCCUCGUGCUCUGCAAACAACCCUCAUAAUGGAAAUAUUCAUGGAGGAGGAAUCCUCAGCCAGUGACGUGUCAAUUGCCAUGAGGAAUGAGUCCCAAGAGUUUCACCGGCCCAUCACAAGGGCCCACAGUGAAAGAGUAAAAUCCACUGAUUCUGCACCGGGUCAGUGCAAAGCAGUCCAGAAACCCUCAUCCAAGGUAGGAAAAGCGACAAAAAAGAACAAAGCAUUAGUUGGAAUUAACAGCACUGGAAAUAUCCGGGACUCCCCAGUAACUGCCAAGAGAACUCAGAACCUCUCAGACGACAACAACGAGCUGACCCCAUCGACCAAACAGAAACUCAGGUUUGAGGUCUCUAAUGGUGAUCCGCACUGUUCCAUUACCGGCUCUGCUGCACACGUCACUGUCACUGUACCACAGGGACAGGUAGGAAAAGGGACAAAAAAGGGCAAAACAUUAGUUGGAAGUAGCAGCACUGGAAAUAUCAGGGACUCCUCAGUCACUGCCAAGAGAGCUCAGAGCCUCGUGGACAACAACAAUAAGCAGACCCGAACAACCAAACAGAAACUCAGGUCUGUGGUCUCUGCUGGUGAUCUGCACUGUUCCAUGGCCGGCUCUGCUGCACACAUCACUGUCACCACAGCACAGGGACAGACUCUCUCCUUUUCUGAAGAGACGAAGGGUAGGAUUAACAUUGACCUGCUGGAUGACGUAGCACGGUGCCAGAUAAAGAGGCUCACGAAUCUGAUGGGCAUGGUGUUGAGGCGAAGCUCCACUGACCGGGAAUUUUCUCCUUUCUCUUAGCUAUGAAAUAAGUAAAUAUAUAUAAAAAUGUGGUUUUUAAAUUGGAAUAAAGUUAAUUUGUAUUGAUCUA